AUGUCUGUCGAUCCUGAAGCACGUGUGUGGUGGCAGCAAGCAGCAGACGAGGACUACUUCACGAGGGUACUCAGGAACUCUGUGUUCUCAAGCGACUCGAUUGAAAAAUUCGUCGAAACAUGCAGUCUCUACGAUCACAAUGCCAAGCAUUGGAACGGCAUAGAGCUAGAGACCCCAAAAGUUCUGGAGCUCUCUGCUCAAUUCCUGAAGAUAUUUGAAGAAGUUCUGUCGACCUUUGGCAUAGGCAGCCAAACGGUCAUCAACACACUUGCGGCGACCGCAGAUAAUACCGACUUCAAAAUAAUAUCUAAACUCUUCAUCUUCGGCGAAGGAUCUAAUUUUAAUGUCGUGACUGCUGAAAGUUACAAUAACAACUUCGUGAACCAGGUAGCGAACUACGCCUGGAAAUGUUUUUCCAAGCAAGGGAAUCGCUUAUAUGUUUAUUCUCUCGUUCUGGGCGAGGAUGAGGUGUUCCUUAUCCAGUACGACAGGAAUGGGACUCUGUUCUCCAACGGCAUUGACAUACACAAUAAGCCUGAAGAUUUUAUUCAUCUCAUCCUCCUCAUCUGCUCUCCGGGCUGCGCCACUCUCGGCUUUGACACUUGCGUCUAUUGGAAGGGCAACAAGCGGUACAUCAAAACACGCGGCGAAGAUAACGAAUUAGUAGAGUACGAGGUCGUCGAUUCUCGCCAUUUUUUCUAUCGAUGGAGGCACUGUGGCCAUGGUACCGAACGUGAUGCAGAGAAAGAUCUGUUGCUCGAGCUCAAGGGUGUUUAUGGCAUUGGCCAAAUCGUCGCCCAUGAGGAGCAGAAGUGGACAAUUGCAAUGCUAAGGGGGAUGGAGGGUCGCACCGCGGAAGAUGGCGUAAUCGACCUCUUGUUCCGUCGUACUGUCCUUGAGGCGUAUGGCAGGCCGAUAGACGAGUUCAAGAACCGCACAGAGUUUUUGCACGCGUUCCGAGAUGCUGUAGCAGGUGAAGUAUUCGUCGUGUUUAAUAGGGAUACAGGACCUGACGCCUCGCUUAGGCUACCGGAACACGUGCAAGAAAAAAAAUCAUCCACCGCGAUAUCAGCGUCAACAACAUCCUUCUUGGUGGGGAAGAUGCGCCAGAAGGCCGCAGAGUCCGACCCUAACUUCCAGGGCACGAGGGCUUUUCAAUCGAUCUUUGUCCUCAGGAGCGAGCUAGACAAGAAGGAAGGACGAAUGCCUCUCGGGCACGAUCAUCUUGACGAUCUCGAAUCUUUCUUUUAUGUGUUUUGCUGGGAAGAAGAAAAAGGAAAAGCGACGAGAAAGCCCUCAGACAGAAACGACGAAACGAUCAAGGAGGUAGAAGACCAAGAGCAACGGUGGAAGCCGAAAGAGCCCAUAAGCAGUGCAGAGAGCGCCAGCCUCCGCCUCUUAGUUCAGAUCAGCAACCAGAAUCGUCCCGCGGCAUCAAGCGCAAACCCAAUCGACGAGGGGCAGACGGAGACCUUGACGGAGAUGAAGCUGUACCAGCACCGAAGAGGCCACGGGCGAGAUUGA